CAGACAUUUUCCGGGCAGUACAUUCAAGCUUUCUUCCAUAAGAUCCGUCAUCAUUUCUCACGGAGGGUCCAUUAGCGGAUCCACAAGAGCUUUCGUAUCGGGUUCAACCAGAGUUUCGAUUUCAGGAUUUUCUUUUCUUCCUGGAGAUUCUUCCUUAGGCUAUACCACUUUUGAUAUUCAGGUCCCGUUUGGCGGUACGGUGUGAAAUGCUGCCCCCUAUCACACUCCAAGCGUGGUGCGCAAAUGCCAUAUCGGGCCUUCUGAGCCAGGCGGCGUCCACUCACGUUUCUUGUUGUUCUUGGCCCGCUUUCAGCCGCGUCUGGGCCGGGGGGCGCAGAGUAGCAUUGUGGGAAGUCUGGGACUUGCCCGGGGAGGAAGCGGCGAGGUGUGAAGUGCAACAUCCACGGCCAGCCGCAGACUUUGGGUCCCGUUUAGAAGUUCCAGAAAGAAAAAAAAAAGCCUGCUGACUCAGGAGGAAGAGGAGGAGGAAGAGGGAUGCGGGGAGCGCACACCUUACCUCCUUUUGCGCCCUCCCCCUCUCUUCCACGCUUUCUUGCUCCCGCACUGGCGUCUCCUCAUUCAACGGCAGACACGCACAACACAACACCGCCGAUGCGUGUGCGUGCGCCCGGACGCACACGCACGCACGCACACAUGCGCACGACACACGUUUACACACACUGAGCGGCAUCCUCAACGCAAAGCCAGACGCCCUUGGACUGCAGCGGGGGAGGUGAGUGAUGCGUUCCUGGGAGACGUAUGGUGAGACCGCCGUGGUCCUGCUGGCUGUCGUCACGCUGAUGAUGUCCGCGGGACGCCUCGCCACCACGGCCAUCGCGCCGCUGCAGGAAGAAGGCGGUGUGGCCUCCAACAGCCUGGAGGAGCUCCAGGUGACGGCGUUCUGGUGGGGCGAGUGGGCCAAGUGGACGGCGUGCACGCGCACCUGCGGAGGAGGCGUCAAGUCGCAGGAGAGGCACUGCCUCAAGCAGAGAAAGAAAGUUGCAGUGUUCAAGGACAACAUGACGUGCUCGGGAAUCUCCAAGCGAUACCACCUGUGCAACACGCAAGACUGUCCGGCCAGUGCCCGAAGUUUCCGCGAGGAACAGUGCUGGUCCUUCAACUCGCAGCUCUACAGUGGCCACAGCUACCAGUGGAAACCUCUCUAUCCGGACGACUACGUGCACAUCUCCAGCAACCCGUGCGAUCUCCACUGCACCACCGCCGACGGCCAGCGUCAGCUGAUGGUGGCGGCGCGCGACGGCACGUCCUGUAAAUACAGCAGCUACCGCGGAGUCUGCGUGGACGGUAAGUGUGAGCCAAUCGGGUGCGAUGGCGUUCUCUUCUCAUCGAACACGCUGGACAAAUGCGGAGUGUGCCAGGGCGAUGGCAGCAGCUGCAGCAGGGUCACCGGAAAUUUCCGCCGUGGGGCCACCACGCUUGGCUACGCCUUCAUCACGCAAAUCCCAGAAGGAUCGUGGGACAUCCAGGUCAUCGAAAGGAAAAAGUCAGCCGACGUUCUCGCCGUGACCGACCAGGCGGGGAACUUCUUCUUUAACGGCGCUUACAAAGUGGACAGCCCUCAGAACUUCCACGUGGCGGGUACCGUCUUCAAAUACCGCCGCCCCAUGGACAUCUACGAAACGGGCAUCGAGUACAUCGUCGCCAAAGGGCCUCUGGACCAGCCGGUCAACAUCCUGGUGUGGAAUCAGAACGGCCGAACGCCGUACAUCACGUAUGAGUACACAGUCCUGAGAGACUCCCUGCCAGUUGUGCCGCCACCGCCCAUCUACACGGGCGCCGACAGCUCCGCGGAGGCCGGGCCCUUGCCGGCGCCAAACGCCAGCCGCUACGACGGGGGACGCCGUACGGACGGCGGCACGCAGCAGGAGACCAACGAAGUCUACGAGGAGACGGCGCACAUACACUGUGACACCAACACGCACUACGCAGACGGCAACGGCAGCCAUACGGGGAGCACCGCCAACCCGAUACCAGUCGACGUGCCACUGGACCCCGAGGCCGACGCCCCCAACCUCAUCUGGAGGGUUCUUCUGGAAGAACGUGUGGGCCAAGACGAGCUGCUCAUCAAUAUUUCCACCAACCAGCUGCUGGAAACGGAAGGAGAUGACUUGUUCUCGGCUGAGGCGGACCCAGGCGACCCGGAGUCUGACGGACCGCUCGGACACAACCGGACUCUGCAGUUCUCGCUCGGACGAAAACGCAACGACAGCGGGGCAGACGUAUUCUACCACAACAAGACGCUGCACGCCAUGACCAGGGCCGGCGCCCACUCCAACAGAACCAGGGGGAACCCACGGCUCUACCAGAAGAACCUGAAGCUGAGUCCGGCCGACAUGUACCGCUGGAAGCUUUCCUCCCAGGAGCCAUGCAGCAUGACCUGCUCCAUUGGCGUUUCCAGGUCCUUCGUCACGUGCAUCCGCUACGAUGGCGCGGAAGUGCACGACAUGUACUGUGAUGCGCUGACCCGACCGGAGCCCGUCCACGACUUCUGCAUUGGCCGGGAGUGUCAGCCCAGGUGGGAGGCCAGCAGCUGGAGCGAGUGUUCGCGGACCUGCGGCGAGGGCUUCCAAUUCCGGCAGGUCAGAUGCUGGAAAAUGCUGUCACCCGGCUUGGACAGCUCAGUCUAUAGCGACCUGUGCACCGUGGCCGACUUGGAGAGACCCAUAGAGAGGCGGCCUUGCAAGAGCCCCGCUUGUGGCCCGCAGUGGGAGGUGGCCGAGUGGACCGAGUGUUCCGCCAAGUGUGGCCGAAAAGAUCAAGUGACCCGGGAUGUCCGCUGCUCCGACGAAAGCCGCCCGUGCGACCCCGCGACCAGACCGCCCAGCAUCAAGAACUGCACGGGACCGCCCUGCGAACGCCACUGGACCGUGUCUGAGUGGGGGCCGUGCUCUGGCCCGUGCCCGCACGGGAGGAUGGUGCGCCACGUGUACUGCAAGACCCCCGAUGGCCGCGUGGUGGCCGAGGACCAGUGCCUCGGCGAGGAGAAGCCGCUCGCUGUCCAGCCCUGUGGGGAGAGGGAUUGCCCCGCCCACUGGCUCAAUCAGGACUGGGAAAAGUGUAACGCCACUUGCGGCCGCGGCGUCAAGCGCAGGGUCGUCCAAUGCGUGGGCAUCAGCGGCGGCAAGUUCCUGGUCUUGGACGGGGAGGCGUGCGGCGCCGAGGAGAGGCCCGAAGACGAGAGCACCUGCUUCGAGCGCCCGUGCUUCAAGUGGUACACCACGCCCUGGUCCGAGAUGAAAGCUGCCAGGACCGGCCCACGACCAACUGCCUGCUGGCUCUCAAGGUCAACCUGUGCAGUCACUGGUACUACAGCAAGGCCUGCUGCCACUCUUGCCACUCCCUGCGACCGCCCACUUCCUAGAAGCCCGACCCCCCCUGCGCCGCCUUCCGCCGGAACUUGCCGCUCAGGCGCGCGGAUUUUCUUCGUCGGGGUGCAACGUCGAAACACAACGUCAGCGCACCAAAAGUGGCUCACGCGGGGCACGCCCACUUUUUGGGUCCAUACCGGCACCUUUUGAGUCUUUCACUCUCCCACUCCCCCCCCCCCCAUUGUGCUCUCUUUUGGGACCUCUCUCUCUCUCUCUCUCCCCGCAUGCCAUCAUGCCUCCCAUUUUUUGCCCAGGCAGGCACGGGCGUCUCUUACUCGGGCCCUUAAUUAAACUUGAACCGACACGAUGACGAAGACGAAAACGAAGGUCCUCCCACAACCUGAAAAGGGAAUGCUGAGCGUCUCUCUGACCGAGACGAUUCUUCCAUUCGCUUCUUACGUGUUAUUUAACGGCGGCAGUGAGUGGAAAUUUGCAUAUCGGCGUAUUUAUUAGUCAUCGCACAGAAAACACAAACGCACUCACACACACACACAUACGCACACAUAAAAAGAAAAAAAAGUGUGUGUGCGUGUUAUGUUAGCACGACCACCCGACAUUUCUUUGUCGGGUGCCAAAAAGAAGAGUGGGG